AUAAAAUUUCACAACCAACUCCCAAAUCCAAAUGCAUGUCAAUGGAGUUUAGACCAGUGAAAAAAUAACUUUGUUUUGUUGAUUUAAUGGUCUCAAGUUCGAAAUUUCAUAAUACCUUAAUAGUACGUGCGUGAGAAAAACUCAUUUCCUUCUUAAUUUUGAUAAAGGAAAAAAAAAAAAAAACCAAAUGUCUUAUUAUUAUUAUAUGCGGCCCCAAAUCAACAUCAACCUCACAAUCCUCCUAAAACCCAUCCAAGGAAUCCCACUAGUCGGAUUUAUUAUUAUGAGAGUCCCUUUUUCCCUUUCUUUUUUGCAUUUUCAAACAAGAACUAAGCCACACAAAUUGGACUUCAAAGCAAAUCUCAACCAAGCCACGUACUGUUGUCACUAACCAUACAAAAGAAAACAAAGAAGAAGAGAAAAACUUUAAGCAUUGACGUGUACACUAACCCCCCACCCAUUCUAGUUGCAUUAUUAACACAAGCAAAUUAAAUCCCUCCCAGCUUGCUAUAUCCCUGUGCACACUGCCAUUCAACAAGAGAACAUCAAUUGAAAAAAGUCUGAACACGAAGAAGAAGAAGAAGAAGAAGAAGAAGAAGCACCACCUAGCUAGCUUUGCACACAUUUUUCAUUUCCAUUUUCCCUACUGAAUGAGAAAAAAACCAUCUCAAAUGACUCACCAAGUCCCUUUGGAAAAAUCCAUCAACCAAAAAACUCAAUCUCUUCCAACCCUACAAGAACCUGAGGAAAUCUCCAAGUCUAACAUCAAUUGCAUGGAGCAAGGCAGCAAAUCACCAAAGAGGCAUGAAAAUGAUGGGUCAAGCAGUGAAGAAAUUGCAGUUUUGGAAGGCCAGGCUUCUGCUGCUGGGGAUGUUGUUGUUGUAGAUCACGAACCAAGUAAUGUGGCUGAUGAAGACAGUGGACGUGAGAGGUUGAAGAAGCAUAGGGUUGAGGUGGCUGGCCAGGUUUGGAUACCUGAUAUAUGGGGGCAGGAGGAGUUGCUUAAAGAUUGGAUGGAUUGUUCUGCUUUUGAUGCUUCUUUAUUCCCAAGUGGGAUUAUGUCUGCUCGUUCUGCUUUGAUUGAGGAGGGGAGGAGACAAAACUCAGCCAGAAUAAGAAUAGAAAACAGAUUGUUUGCUGUCAGCAAACAAACACCACCAAAAUAAAGGGAGAAAUCAAUCAUCUCUGAACGAUUGUUUGUCUGCUGCACCAGUGAGGAUGUUUUUUUUUAAGUCCUCUUGGGGGCAUACACCCACCUGUGAAUGAAGAACAAAUUGGGCAUUUGGACACCGUUCGAGAAAUCGCCACAGCCAUUGGUUCGGUAUCGGCCAGUCAGCUUAGUUAGUUUAGUUAGUUUGACAACCACUAGGUCAUAAAAGCUUAAGCAACUAGAGAAUAGGCCGACAGUUCUAUAUACAGCUAACAGUGGACACUGCCUGACAAUGUAGUUUGUAAACGUGAUCAGAACACAUGUAAGCCAGACAUCGUAUUUUCGAACACAAUGUAAGAAUUCAUUGUUAACUGAGAGGAUAAUAAGGAAUCCGCCAUCAGAGAGGGCGAGGAGGGAAAUAAGUUGAAAGAGAAA